AUGUUAUAUAAUCUUGAAAAAGAUAUCAUAAAUAAUAAAAGCCGACGAUUUAUACUUGCCAAUGCAGUACUUCUUCGAAUUAUCCGUGAAUCAUUACCUGAACGCACUCUUGUCAGUCGUGAAGCACGUUCAGCAAUUAGUAAAUCGGCUAGUUCUUUUAUACUUUAUGUAACAUCAUUAGCCAGUGUGCAUUGUGAGAAAUCAAAACGUAAAACGUUAACAGGAAGUGAUAUAUUGGCUGCUUUAAAAGAAAUGCAAUUUGAUCAUUUUAUACCAGCAUUAAAUGCAUUUUUAGAUAAAUAUCGUGAGCAGAUAGUUUUUAAAAAAUCAAAUAAACGUCUACAUAAUGAGAAUGAAGAAGAAAUAUCUUCUGAAAAACUGUCUCAAAUUCCAUCAUCUUCAACAUCACACCUAAAACAUCUAGACAGUAAUUUUACCACAGUUGAAGAUGAUGACAAUGAUGAUAUCGUUGGUGAUGAUGCUGAUGAGGAAGAAAUUGAAGAAGUGGAAGAUGUAGAUGUUAUAGAGGUAGAUAAUGACGAUGUCAUUGGAAUUACAGAUACUCAUAUGGAAGAAGGUAACGUAAAAAAUGACCAACUAGGUGUUGGUAUUAGUGAUGACGAUGAAGAUGACGGCAAUUCUCAGAGCACAGAAGCUUUAAAUGAAAAUGAAGAUUCAUUUUAG